GCAGUUUGGGUCGAGUAAGAGAUUUUGUAGAAUAAAUGAAAUUUUAUUGCACCAUAACAAAUAAUUGUUAAUCGUUUAACUUUAAUUAAGUUUUACAAUUUUUAUGGUACAUUUCUUUUUGCCACUUACAAUUAAGGCACUUAGCAAAUUAGUUUCCUAAUAGAUAGUGAGCGCCGGUGAAAUUGUGAUCAUGGCGAAUCCGUCAUCAGGCGUUGUUGUUCCACGUAAUUUUCGACUUCUAGAAGAACUUGAGCAAGGUCAGAAGGGAGUGGGCGAUGGGACUAUAUCUUGGGGUCUCGAGAGUGAUGAUGACAUGACCCUGACUCACUGGACUGGCAUGAUAAUUGGCCCACCUAGGACUCCUUAUGAAAACAGGAUGUAUUCACUCAAGAUUGAAUGCGGUACUCGGUACCCCGAUGAACCACCUACUGCUCGAUUUAUGUCUAGAAUCAAUAUGAAUUGUGUGAACAGCCAAACUGGACUUGUGGACAACAGACAGGUGCCGAUCCUCGCGCGGUGGCAGCGCGACUACACGAUCAAGACGGUGCUGCAGGAGCUGCGGCGCCUCAUGACCCUCAAGGAGAACAUGAAGCUGUCGCAGCCGCCUGAGGGCAGCAACUUCUAGUUCCACAUUCUGUCUCAACAACCCAAUCUACUCUAAAAUUUAACAUUUUUUAAUAGUAUAACCGUUCCAAGUAAAUGAUAUCUCGAUCAUAAUAUCAGCAUGUCUUUUUAAUGUAUGUGAUUGUUUUUGUAAUCUUAACUUUGCAUUUAUGUAAAUGUAUUCUCUUCUAUCUUAUGAAAGUAGAUUGGGUGAUUUAAUAUAUAAGGAUCACUUUUAAUGGCUCCUACCUACCCACUUAGAGGGUAUACACCCUUUUAUUUAUCAAAUUACCUAAAUUAUUGUGGCCUUUAUAAAAGUCAAACUUGCUUUCUUGUAAUUAAGGCUAGUUUUACCAGCGUUCUAAUUUCACUCGAAAACCAAAUUGUAAUCAGUAAUUAUAAACAAUUCAAAUGUGUAAACAAUCCAAUGAUGAACUCGGUUAAGAACAUAUUGAAUUUGUUUAUGGUUAUGAGUAUAUUAAAUAUCUAUGGAUGCCCGAUACUAAAAAUUUAAGGGUUAUAGUUAUUUGUAUUGAAAUAAUCUUUUACUGAAUAACGACAUAAAAACCUUGUCAUUUACCAAGUUAACAUGAACAAGAGUUGCAUAUUUUAGGAAAUUUUUAUUUCUUAGGCACAUAAGAUAAAGUAAUACUGAUUCUUUGAAAGCUUUGCAUACGAUUUCAGUGUUCCUCUAUUCCGCGUCGCUCUGCCUCUCGGCUUGCAAGGAUCUCUCAUUCCUUACAUAAACAUAACCUUUGCGUCAAUUUAUUGUUACAAACCAAAUGCUAAGUCAGAUUGUUUCAUAGCAUAUUUUUACCAAUGUAUAAGUAACAAAGGUAAAUAAAUCUGAUUAUACCGUCUUA